UCCUUUUGGAAAUAUACGACUUUCCGCAUAAACGUUGGGGUUUCUUACGUUGUCUCCUAGGUUUUUUACGCCCCGUUUGAUCAUCGUUUUCUCUUUCUAGUUAUGUCGUCGAGAUGCAGAAACCCAAACCCCAGAGCCCGGUCUCCGCCGCCUCGUUCACGACCUCGGGACCCCUUACCAUGUUCGAAACGGGCCGAACCGGAGCGGUUACCUAUACUGGAGAAACGACAACAGUGCAACAAGAGUAACCAUGAAGAUGAUGACAGAGAACUCUGCAUGAAAAAACUUUCGGAGUUUAACGAAUCAUUGUUGCGCCAAGGACAGUCGACGUCUACCAAGUUCCAAUGGAGCCAUCUUUUACUCGAUAAUUCCGGGGAGGCAUCGGCGGAGGCUACUAAGCCGGAGUUAGCAAUGCAGAAUGUGAGAACUGCGGCAACUUAUUCAAUCAGCCCAAUGGGGAUUUGUAUAACAAAAGAAAACCGGUUUAUUGAUUCAAGGGAACCACAGUUGAAGGAAAUAAAGUUGGGUUUUGACAACAAUGGCGAAGGUUUCCGAUACCCAGAUGUCAGAAACAGGGGAACGAUUGCUGAGGCAGUAGAUUUUGUUGGGCGUGGGGAAAUUUUGGGUUUUGAAUCUUCUUGCAUGAUAUCUGAAAUGGCUAGGAAUCGGAUUAUGAGAACCGAACAAGCUACUGAGUUAGCUUACCGGAAGAUGGAAAGUACAAGAGCUAGAGCCAGUGCUAUUUGUUCUAUCAUAGACAAAAUUGAUGGUGCUGUGGAAAGCUGGGCAUUGGAACAGUAUAUGGCUGAACAAAAUAUAGAACUUUUGCAUGGAGAAAGGCACCAGCAAAGAGAAGAUUGUAGCCAUUAUGCUUUGACUCAACGUUAUAUGGGUUUUAGUGGACAAGGAAACGAAGUUGUGGGUUUUACGAUGAAUCGUCCUCAGACCCCAAAGGGAGGUCCUUUCCGUGGUGAAUUGGGUAGUGGUCAUGUUUGUCCUCAACUUUAUCCUGAUUUAGAAGAAAAGUCACGUAGGUUUAAAGGACGUGAGGUUCUGGGUUGUUGGAUGAAUCAUGACCAGAGCCAAAAUGAAGCAGUUUUUCUUGGUGAAAGCCAGCAGUUUCAACAUUAUGUUAAUUUAAGUGGGCGAUCACAUGAGGUUGAGCAACAAAAUGUGGGUUUCAGCUCUAGGAUUAAUUGUCGUCACAGCCCAAAGAGAGCUCCUGUGCGUGGUGAAAUGCAGGAGUUGCCACAAGAUUAUGGCCAUUAUUUACCUUCAAAUUAUCUUGAUAUUAGCAGAGAACCACAUGUAAAGGAGCAAACAGAUGAUGUUUCCAGUUCUUUGAUCAAUGAUGCGCAAGCCGAAAAGGGGGCUGUUUUGAAUGAUGAGAGGCAGGAUUUAUCUGAAGAUUAUAGUCAUUCUUUACCACAACUUGAUCUUGAUUUUUGUGUUGAAUCACAUGAGACGCAGCAAGAAAAUGUGCUUCUGGAUUCUAUGAUGAACGGUCCUCAUAAACGAAGAGGAGCACUUUUGCAUGGUGAAGAGCAGCAAAUGCAACAAGAUUGCAGUCAUUCUUUAUUUCAAUAUCAUCUUGGUUUAAAAGAAGAAUCACAUGUGAUGGAGCAAGAAAUUGAAGCUCUGGCUUCAAGGAUGAAUCAUCUUCAGGACCAGAAGGUAGCUUUUUUUCAUGGUGAAACCCUGCCUUUGCAACAAGAUUGUGCCUUGGAAAGCUAUCCCUUGUCAAAGCAGGAUGAUGAUGUGCGCACCGCUGAGGGUAGCACUCAGCAGAUUUCAGCAACAGAGGAGCUAGGCAUCAAUGGCCAAUUUUCCAAGGCACGUCCAAGGAAACGUAUUAUUGAUCUGAGAAAGAUUAGAGAGAGUCAAAUAAGUACAUUAACCCGAACUUUGGAUGCCUCAAAUGAUGAGAUUCUCGACGCCGGAUACAGAGGUGAACAAUCGAGUGAUGACGAUUUCCAGCAAUUAUUAUUGCUAAGAAAUUCAGGAUCUGAGCCCUCCCAAGAUGAGGGGGCUGUUUUGUUUGAUGAGUUGCCAGAUCAAAGGAACAUUAUUGACUGUGACUAUCAAUUCUCCACUCGUCAUAUGCGAGAAUUCUCACAACCUUCUAAUAGGAAAAAUAUAAAGCAGCGUUUGGGUUCCAGUAGAAAAAGCAUAAAGCAGCGAUUGGGGCCUCCUUGUCAAGUUCAUUCUAAUAGGAAAAGUAUAAAGCAGCGUUUGGGGCGGCCUUGUCAAGUUUAUAAUCCAAAUGUUAUGCCUCCGAUUGAAAGACAUAAAACGAGGAAACUCCUGAUGAAAAAUGUUAAUGAUGUUCACAAAGGGGUUCAAGCACGAGAUGUUGAUUUGCCAGUUGUGAAACGUGGAAGGACUGAGCCACCUGAGGACACUGAGGAGUUCAAGCAGCUAAUAGAUGCUGCUUUUGUUAAAUUUGUCAAAGUUUUGAAUGAGAACCCAGCUCAACGAAGGAAAUACACAGAGAAAGGAGCAGCUGAGACCUUAAAGUGCUGUGUAUGUGGCAGCAAUUCCAAAGACUUUGUCAAUACACCAAGCUUGCUAAUGCAUGCCUUCACAUCUAGAAUGGUUGGGCGUAGAGUAGACCACUUGGGUUUGCACAAAGCACUUUGUUUGUUGAUGGGAUGGAGCUCAAUGGCAGCUUCUAAUAGUCUAUGGGUCCAAAAGACAUUGCCUGAUGCUGAAGCCUUGGCUAUGACGGAGGAUCUUGUAGUGUGGCCUCCAGUUGUUAUCUUGCACAACAGUUCUAUAGCAGCUACCAAUUUAGAUGAUCAGAUUAUAGUAAGUAUUGAAGAGCUUGAGGCAUUUCUCAGAGACAUGGGAUUUGGCCGGGGGAUAUCCAAGGUGUGCCGUGGGAAACCUGCAAAUCAGAGUAUCAUGACAGUGAUUUUCCAUGGAACCUUUUCAGGGCUACAAGAAGCGGAGAGACUUCACAAUCUUUAUGCUGAGAACAAACAUGGGAGGGCUGAGUUUCGGCGAAUGAAAUGUAGUAGUGGAGAAACGCAGAAAGUGUCUUUAGACAAGUUCAAAGAUGUACUAUAUGGCUACUUGGGAAUUGCAGUUGACUUGGAUAAACUUGAUUUUGAGACAAAGAGUCGUUCUGUGGUUAAAAGCAAGAAGGAAAUCUAUGCCAUUGCUGAUGCCCUUCUUUACAGUGAAUGAGAAACUUGGAUCUUAUUGAAG